ACACUGAUCACACAACAAUCUCUCUUGCUUUUACAAUUAGGAGUCGUUUUCAUUGAUGAUCCAUUCGCUAUAUGUUUGCAUUAUUUUUCGGUUUUAGUGCACCGCCCCCUCCUAUCCAAAUCCCAGACUCUUCUCCUUUAUAUAUGCAUUGCAACGAUCACUUUACCUUCAUCACAUUAAAGAGUUAAGAACAUCCAGAGCAGUCUGUUGCUUUAGUUAAUCAGUAUUAUAUUUGGUUUGGAAAAUAUAUUUAGAUUAUAUAAUGUUGGGAAUGGGAAUGGAAGAAGUUAUGAGUGAGCUGAUGAGUGGGGAGGAUGAAAACGGACAAGGUUUUCAACCAGGGUUCCGGUUCCAUCCGACGGACGAGGAGCUCAUAACCUUUUAUCUGGCUUCCAAGGUCUACAACGGCUCUUUCCGCGGCGUCCGCAUUGCUGAGGUCGACCUUAACCGAUGCGAACCAUGGGAGCUGCCAGACGUGGCAAAGAUGGGAGAGAGAGAGUGGUACUUCUUCAGCCUGAGGGACAGGAAGUACCCAACGGGGAUGAGAACCAACAGAGCGACCGGAGCCGGCUACUGGAAGGCCACCGGCAAAGACAGACAGGUCUUCAGUGCGUCGACCGGAGCCCUACUUGGCAUGAAGAAGACCCUUGUCUUCUACAAGGGCAGAGCUCCGAGGGGCCACAAGACUAAGUGGGUCAUGCAUGAGUACCGUCUCGACGGCCACUUCUCGUCCUAUCGCCACGACUGCCAGGAGGAAUGGGUGAUAUGCAGAAUAAAUCACAAAUCCGGGAAGAAGAAAAGCCCACUACUUGAUCACGAAGCUGCUGCUUCAGCAAUUUCAAAUUGCAAUUAUCUGCCUCCAUUGCUGGAUCCAUCUCCAGCAUUAUUAUUGCAAGAAUCAUGCCAUGAAUAUCAGAAUCCAAUACAAUUGCAAGCUCUUCCUCCAAUUCACCAAGAAAAUCAUGAUACCUUCUCCUCUUUCCCAGCAAUAAAUGCCUUCCAAACCCACCAAUUACCCUCUUUCUCCAGAUCCCUCCUCUUCAAAUCCCUCUUCGAUCAAGAUUGCAACAGCAACAGUAGUUCUAGUACUGUUCCCAAACAGUGCAAGACUGAGCUCGCCAACUACUUCUCCCGUUUCCAAACACCGGAUAACAGUCAUAACAAUAAUAAUAGCACUCGCAACAACUUGCAUGACUUGAACUUUGUGGUGGAAUUGGAAAAGAAUCAUGAUCAUCAGUACCAGCCAAACCCCCCGUACCAUCAUCUUCAUGAUCAAUACAAUGAUCUCUUGCCUUUUGAUUAUUUGGACUACAGUACUAGUGUGCUGGGGUUCUCAUCAGCAGAAGCAGCAGAGGCUACUACCAGUACUAGUACUGCGACUGCUGCUGUUCAUGCUCAUGACACGUCUCCCUCAGUUGUUUUCACCAGGGCCGGCUUUCAGACCAUGUUAGAUCUUCCUCCCAUCAAACUCCCUGGAGAAUCCUGCCGACCCUAUGCAUAAUCAUUAAUGCUGGAUCAUGUAUGCCAGCCAAUAUUAUAUAUUUUGAUAUAUAUUAUUUACUAGCAGGUAAUGUAAUAGGACAAUACUUGGUACCCACUAGUGACUAGUGAAUGCUAAACCUAGGUUUAAUUCCUGA